CAGGUCUAUAGAUUCGCUGGACUACGUUCGCGUACUCGCGGUGUCUGUUGGUAGGAGUCUUGCAAACUUUUAUAUUGAUGAGGCUAGUGGAUCGAACCCCUAGUCCACCUCCAGCUCUCGUGUGUAUCGUGUCUUUGGAUGCCAGUCUGAAAUAUAGCAAAAUGUCGGCACAGUUUUUCAUACUGUGCGCAUUGGUUUCCAUUGCGUCGGCCGCAGUGAAACUUCAGGAGCUGUAUGCCUGGAACGCUCUGGACUGGAACUAUCCAGAUGAUUACACCAAACAACAAGCCAUACAAACGGGCGCUCUGAUCCCUGAGAAUGCACUGCCCGUGGGCAUCGAGAGGUGGAGAAAUAAGCUAUUCGUCAGUGUUCCCAGAUGGUUUGCAGGUGUCCCUGCGACUUUGAACUACAUCCCAUUGGAUGCGCCUUACGAACCAUCACCAAAACUCAACCCCUACCCGAAUUGGGCAGGCAAUGCGCUCGGCGACUGUGAAAAUGGCCUCAACACUGUCUACAGGAUCAAAGCCGACAAGUGCGACAGACUUUGGGUGUUGGAUGUCGGCACCUAUGGAUAUGAUCCAAACGUUACAAACCUCUGCCCGUACAGCAUUAAUGUUUAUGACCUCAACACCGACCAGCGAAUCCGACGUUACGUGUUUCGACCUGAUGACAUCGUGCCUACCACUUUCAUUGCCAACAUAGCACUCGACGAAGGUCCUACCUGUGACGACACCUUCGCAUACUUCUCCGAUGAACUCGGAUACGGACUCAUCGCUUAUUCCUGGAGACUGAACAGAUCCUGGCGAUUCAGUCACAGCUACUUUUAUCCCGACCCACUCCUUGGUGACUACAAUAUUGCGGGUCUCAAUUUCCAAUGGGGAGCCGAAGGAAUUUUUGGGAUCAGUGCGUCUGCUGCCGGUGCAGAUGGUUUCAGAACUCUUUAUUUCAGUCCUCUCUCAAGUCAUACUGAAUUCGCCGUCUCUACUCGUAUACUGAGAGACGAAUCGAAAGUCAGUGAUUCAUAUCACGAUUUCAAAGUGGUCGGGAACCGUGGCCCCAACGGCCACACAACUGCCAAGGUUAUGGACGAGAGCGGCGUGCAACUCUUUAAUCUGAUCGAUCAGAACGCAAUUGGAUGUUGGAAUACUUUCCGGUCAUUGAAGCCAGAAAACGUGGCCGUCGUGGAUAAAGAUGACGUGGGUUUAGUUUUCCCCAGUGACGUGAAAAUUGAUGCAGAACGCAACGUGUGGGUUUUGUCGGACAGGAUGGCGGUGUUCUUAGAAUCGCAGCUAGAUUACAGCGACAUCAAUUUCAGAAUUUAUACGGCACCUUUAGACAAACUGCUCGAUGGAACGGCAUGUCAGUUGCCAUUGCAGUAUUAUAAUAACCAAAAUACUCAGCUAACAAAUUAUUAUGAUCCUUUAUCGAACCCGAACCCCCAACCGUUGUUCCCUUAUGUAGCGCCCGCGAUGCUUCAGAACAAGAACCGACUGUCUAUUCAUCGUCAGAUAACGCAAAAUAUAGUUCCUGAAGUUUCAACAUUCAUCCCAUACGUCAACACUCCCGUUCUAUCACAGAUCCCUAACAAAUCACCUAAACUGAAUAGAUGGUGGCAAAGAAAUUAUGAUGUAUAUGAAAACUCUAAUUAAUAAGUUACAGGUUAGCUUGGAUGAUAACUGAUAAAGAUGCAUGCACUAACUAAUUCCUAUAAUUUAAAAUGAGAAUGAUAGUGUGAUUAUAUUUUUAAGUGUCAGAUGUGUGUUUGGGUGUGUUGCUUUGAUUUGAAACAAUGUGCGAUGUAAUAAUCUUAUAAGUAAAAAAUACAAUAACUAGAUAUUAUAUUAUAAUAAAUUUAUGUUGAAUGAUGUAGAAAUAUAGACGUCCGCGGCAUCAAUUUAAAUUAACCACCUCUACUUAUGUAUAAAACAGUAAUAGUAUGCUGUUUGCUGAUAUAUAACUAUAGGUACUUACAUAUCUGUUAUAUGUAUACCUGUUGGCAUAAUUUGAUUGUCAUGUUUUAUUUUAAAACUUGAAAAUAAUUAAGAGUAACAUAUCUUAUGACAAUAAAUAUAUGUGGCUUUA